UCAACAAAUCAGCUGUGUAUCACACGCGAACAUGUAACAACAAAUGUGCGUAUUUAAAUUUUGUUGUGAAAAUGUACACUAGAAAAGUUUAUGAAAACUCAAAUCAAUGUUUAUGAUAAAUAAUAAAUUUAUUGUGGGAUAAUUAUGGCCCGCCGGAGAAGCAGUGGAAUUACGAGCCUGGGAUUUAACCAGGAUCAAGGCUGCUUCGCUUGCUGUCUAACAUCUGGCCUGCGCAUAUACAAUGUAGAUCCACUUGUGGAGAAAGCACAUUACAGCAGAGAGGAACUUGGAGAGGUAUCCCUAUGUGAGAUGGUGUUCCGUACAAACUGGUUGCUGGUGGUGCGCGCUCGACGACCGAAUAGCCUCAUGCUGCUGGAUGACCAGCAGCGCCGGUUCCGAGCCGAAGUAGUGUUCAAAUCGCCCAUACGAGCGCUCAGAGCAAGGAAGGACAAGGUGGCGGUGGUGGUGACGUCGUCGGUGCAGGUGCUGGCGCUGCCGUCGCUGGCCCGCGUGGCGCUGGUCCGCACGCCGCCCGCCGCCCGGCCGCUGUGCGCGCUGGCCGCAGACCCCGCCGCGCCGCACCUGCUGGCGGCGCCGGCGCACCGCCGCGGCUCCUUGCAGCUGCUGGACGUGACUCGUUCAGUCAAAGGGGCUCAAUCAAGUUCACCGGCGGUGUUAGGGUGUCACCAGACAGAGCUCGUCUGCAUCAGCCUGUCCUCGAAUGGUGCCAAGCUGGCGACGGCCUCGGAGCGAGGAACCAUCAUCCGGCUGUGGGACACGGCUAGUAAAGCCCUGCUACACGAACUGAGGAGAGGCUCGGACUAUGCGGACGUGUACUGCAUCAGCUUCAACUGGGCCGGGUCGCUGGUGAGCUGCGUGUCGGACAAGGGCACGCUGCACGUGUGGGCCGCACGCGGCGCCUGCGCGCGCCUGUGUGCGGCCGCCGGGCCGGCCGCGCGCGCCGUGUGCUCGUUGGCCGACGACUGCAGCGCCGUCGUGGUCUGUGAGGACGGCACGUUCCACAAGUUCACGUUCUCGGCCGAUAGAAACUGUCAUCGGACUGAUUUCGAAUACUUUCUGCAGGUUGGCGAUGACGACGAAUUCCUUCACUGAUAUCUGACGGUCGCGCCUCAACACAACCGACAUACCGACAGUGAUACUUGUGACCGUGCUAAAUGGCAGUACAAAAUGAUAGUGAUCAGUUAUAGUAAGAUGUUAUCGUCACACACACAGGUGAUGUGAUGAUGGUCCACGUCCGUACAACAACCACAGAGCAGUCGACACUCAACAACGUUAUUGUGGUCACUUAUAUUGCUAUUGACAUAUUAACGUAGUUGGAACAUUUGUUACUUAUUUUGUCGUUUAUAAUGAGAUGAAAUAAAAUGUGACCCUCACAGGUACAGGCACAGCAUAAACUACUACAAUGAUGAUGAUACUACAUAGAUGUGUGACACACACAUAGACGACACUUUUGUCAUAAACAUUUGAGCUCCACAUAAGACACACUGAUGAUCAUGUUCAUUGUUUUGUGAUCAUGUGUUGUACAAUAUUGUAUAAAUCAGUGUUUGACCAAUUACUAAUAUUGCCUAGUACGUCCAAUUAUUGUUAUUUAUAUUCAAAAACUAAAAAAAAGUGUUAAUUACCAACACAGUAUCGAUUGAUUAAUUAUAUUUGAGAAAACUGUAGUUUGUAAUAUAACUGAAAGUGAUUAACAUACAUAUAUUUUACAAAUAAAAAAUCAUUUUUGAUGGUAGCAAAUUAAUAUUUGAAGGAACUACAUAUUAUAUACAUUGUGAUAUAUUGUACUUAAUAAUUAAAAACAGUCAUCUGUGAAAAUAUAUAAAUUAUAUUCAAACUGAGUGUAAAGUGCAAUUGGGCAAUACAAAUAUAAAGCUCGGUGUAAUAUUGAGACAGUUACAAUGUUCAGUCAUUAGUGGAGUACUACCCACUGAGCUCCACUUUACUUUAUGUUUUUAAAUUAAUACACUCAUUUUAAAAGUAUUUCUUUAUCAUUUGUGUUUAUUAUAAUCAAAAUAUUUUACUAAUGUGUUGGUCGGAGUUUGAAGUGUAAAAAAAUUGCUCAAAUGUAAUAGAGCAACAUAGACAAUGUUGAAGUUAAUGAAUGAAUGAAAUCAAUAUAAGAACUUAAAAUAGUAAUGUGUUAAUGUUAACAAACAAAUAGUUGUUAUUAGCAUUACGUUCAACUAAAUGUGAAUUGAACUGACACCGCUUGUAAUACCGGUGGAGGUAGUCUGGUGCGAUACCGUGAACCGCCUGCCGUGGAUAAUUAUGUAAAUACUAAACUUUAUAGUAAAGAUAAUUAAUAUAUGUGAUGGUUUGUUAAGUUUGUGUUGUAACAAGUAUGACCCACUUGUGUCACUCAACUAGAGCUAGCACCGGGCGCGCGGCACGAGGACAGGCUCCUAACAACAUUGAACGACAAUUGGGAGAUGAAUAUUCUGCACAAUUUUGACGUUUGAUUGAGUUUACAAUAUAAGACAACAUUUAAUAUAUCAUAGAUAACCCUUUUAAUAGUAGUAGGUACAAAUAUAUGUAAUAUAUUUGUUAGAACAGUGUUAGAACUUAGAGCGAGCUUGUCGUUCUUAUGACGUUGACUCUCAACUCCGGUUCAGUUAAUGGUCUAAGAAAAUGUUAGGAGAAAUCGCUUACUUUGAUAGAAUCGAAACUUAACGUCAACCAUUUUGGAAUGACGUGAAUAGUACGACUGGUUCAUAGUUGAACAUGUUGUUGAUGAAACAACUGAUUGGUGUCCUUGUUACCGGUCAUGAGUGUUACAGACAGUGAUAUUGGUUAGUUUUACUACGAAAUUAUAUGGCGGUUUUCUUAUGUCGUACGUGUCGACAUAAAAAAAUGUUUAAUAAAUAAAUAAUAAUUUAAAGAAAAUAUGUAAAUUAUAUAAUUAAUUCAAUUGAAAAUAUGUCCUUCAUUUAAUAUUAACCGAUUUACAGUUAAGUAGUUUAUAAUAAUAACAAUGGUUGUGUGGUAGUUAGUGUGUACCUCACCGGCUCUAGUUGAGUGUCGUGUUCUGAUGAGCUGGUUGUGUUUGUUGGUGGAUGGUCCGGGUGGUCACAUCAGAUUCACACAACAUGUACAUAUUAUAUAUAUUUAGAUUUAUUUUUUAUAAAUUUGUGACGUUGACACUCCGCUUUUUAUAGAAUAGCUAGUGUGUGGGGUGCCCUCGUCCAGGUAUAUGCAAUAUUCGCAAUAAAAGAAUGAUUUUAUAUUAAUAA